GUUCGUAACGAAAGGCUUAGUACACGGGGACGACCUGUUCUAGGGCGUUGCUUAGGACGGCAAUACCAGUUAGUAGGGAGCAGACAGUAAGCCAGAAGGAGGCCUGCUGCUGCAGGAGCCAUGUUUUUCCAAUCAGGAUGUGAGAAUGGAGACAUAGACAGCGUGGUCAGUGAAACUGAAGAAGAGCCAUUCAGUCUGCUGGAAAACAUUUCACAGCUAACACUGUCAUCAGAUGGGGUGCUAGAUGAGGUGUGGCUGGCUGACAGCUGCCUGUCAUACGCCGACCGCUCGUCCGUGACGUCGGCCUCCGACACGGACCUCUCCCCGGACGGGACCCUCGCCGCCAGGUCCGGGGACUCAGAGGAGGAGCCAACAGCCGGGGGCGACACGGCGCCCCGCUGCCAUGGCCUGAACAACCUGAGCACCGUCUAUGAGCGGAGCGGUGACGCCACGGGUGAUGGGAGCCUUAACGCCACCUGCGAGCCCGACGUGGCCAGCAUGGCGUCUGACUGCCAGUCACGCUGGUCUGACUUCGUGUCGUCAGACGAGGAGUACUUCACAGCCGACGGCGGCUCGAGCGCACCGCCGGCCGCCGAGCUAGCGCGCCGACUGCGCGAGCUGGGCUACUCGCCGGGCCCAGUAACGGCCGACACGGUGUCGCUCUACCGGCGCCGGCUGGCGCAGCUGGAGGAGCACGCCGCCCGCUUCACGCCGCAGCUGGACGCCUGUCUCCGUGCGGCGCCUGCGCAACUGGGUCGGCUGGCAGCGCUGGAGGAGAGCGCUGCCGCGCGCCGCUCCUGCUUCAACUAUCUGCUGCUGGACCCACGCGUCACGGCGCGCGGCGGGUCGGGCGGGCCUCUGCCGUUCGCCACCUUCGUCGGCGCCGUGUUCUACGUGGGUAAGGGGCAACAGAGACGGCCAUACAGCCACCUGGUGGAGGCGACCGGCGCGCCGGGCGCCGCCGCCUGCGCCAAGGUGGAGCACAUCCGCGCCAUAUGGCGCGCCGGCUUCGGGGUGGUGCUGCUGUGCGUGUUCCAGCACCGGCUGUCGGCCGAGGCGCUGACACGCGAGGCGGCCAUGAUCGACGCCAUUGGGCUGGCCAACCUAACCAACGUGCGGCGGGGCGAUUACUACGGCCCGCCCAAGGGCUGGACGUCGGCAGAGCGCCGCCAGCUGGGCGCGGGCCUGCUUCACAAGGCCUGGCGCAUCUACCUGGUGGAGGGUGAGACUCAGCUGAAGCCCGAGGACAUCGGCAAGUGAUCCUCUGACCCGCGCGGCCGGGCGGCAGACCCGACUGAAGCCCGAGGACAUCGGCAAGUGAUCCUCUGACCCGCGCGGCCGGGCAGGCAGACCCGACUAAAGCCUGAAGGAUAUCAGCAGGUGAUCCCCUGACCCGCGCGGCCGGGCGGCAGACCCGACUGAAGCCCGAGGACAUCGGCAAGUGAUCCUCUGACCCGCGCGGCCGGGCAGGCAGACCCGACUAAAGCCUAAGGAUAUCAGCAGGUGAUCCCCUGACCCGCGCGGCCGGGUGGACCCGGUGGACUCGCGUGACGUGUGUGCACCGCUCGAAGUGGCCUUUGCAAGUGCCUUUUUUCACCGUGCCAGUAGUCUAUGGCUCAAGCGCUUUCAUUCGGGAGAGCGACUUGGUGAGACAUGGCCAUUGACAGCAAUGAUCGCAUCCCUUUCAGCGCGAAGGGCUCGUAGAGGAUUGCUUUAGACGCCUUGGAUACUUUUUCUGCCGGCCGUUAAGCAGUGAAGUCUUGUUGACGCGCGGGGCUGGGCUCCGAGUGCUGCUUGGCUGUGGUGAGCUAUUCUGUAUCGUUAUCGGGAUGAUUUUUGGUAGUCGUUGUCACCACAUCGUCAUUGUCACUAUAGUAACAGAUUGGGACGCACACCAUGUCACCAAAUAGCCACCGCCCGGUUCCUCGCGGCUGCACCCACGAUUGGUAGUAAUGGCAAGCGCUCAGCUUAAUAGCUAUUUGAUUGUGCUACUCUAUGUGAUGCGUGUUUGAGAGACGGUCCAAAGAAUUACCAAAGAGGCUGUCGCCCCGACGUAAGCGGGGCAUACGAGUUGUUAUUGGGUUAUAAAUGGAUUCCACGCUUGUGCUCUGUUCGUGGAGCAACCAGAUUGUUUCGUCAUUAUUUGAUCUCAAGACUGCAUCAACAUAAGACGGUGUCGCAUUUCGAUCGGUUCAAGUGUGAGGAGUCCAUUUACAAUGAUCGUUGUUGGGAGACACAUAUCACAAUAU